UUUGAAAGAUCUCCUUUUCCCUUUGUACGUACAGACAAAAAGACUUAUCGUUUUUAUUUAAAAAUUUAACCCUACAACAAGAAACUGUUUCCCUCCAUAAAUUAGGUCCGCUGAAAAGCGAACGAAGUACGAGUUAUUUAGCUCGUGUCACACAAUUUGUAGGAAUUUCUAGCAGGAAAAAAUUUGUGUUAUGUAAUAUUUGCAGCGUCGCGCGAAAAUUCCUCGCAGCCCCGAUGUGGCGAGGCUUUCCGAUAUAUGAAAUUCCUUCGUUUCAAAAUUUGACUAGCCAGUUUUGAAUCGAAGCGUAAGGGUAGCGAAUUAAUAUCAGCGAAUACGUAUCGAGUGAAUUUAGAAGCGACACUCGUGGCACGAACACGCACCGUAGAUGCCAUCGUAGCCAGAAGGGGUGUAAAACGAAGAGAUAAAUGGAUUCUGCCCCUUUGGACCUCGAACCUUGGCAUUUUUCGUGGCAAACUAGAUCCCCAGCCACUAUACCAAUUACGUCGCCUCGAAACACCUUUACACCAUCCAUAUUUCUGCCACGUAACGUCCUUUUACCGCCGCGCAAGAUUAUUCGCGGCUAAUGUUAUACGUUGCAAGCGUUAUUUGACGUUCUCGAUUAUAGUUGCCCAUUAUUUCGUUCGAUCGUUCGCUACGUCGAUUGCUUAAUCGCAAUUUUUUAAUUGCCUCUAUAAACGCGAACGGGCUCUAAUUUUAUAACUGUAUCUCCCUCCGUGCAGGUAUUUAUUAAUUAACAUCGUCAAAGAACCGGUUUGCACAACGAAGAUGAACCAGAACGAACUCUCAGUGUUUCGUAUUUUCUCUCCGAGCUAACAUGAAGAGUUCUAAGGAAGAACUUCUGUACGUUCAUUGAUUAAGUUUAAAUUGGUUAUCGGUCAUUAACAGGUUUUUGACGAACGAAUUUCACGCGAGAUGGGAUCAAACGAUGAAUUUUCAUUCUAUCCGCGAUAAAAGUUUUAAUUUCAUUGUGUGCCUGCUAAUUUAAAACUUUAAUUAACAGUUUGCAAUUAUCAACCGCGACAUAAUUUUAUAUAGAUAUUCGUCGCUGCGGUCGUACCGCGUUUACGUAACGUUCUUUUCUCUACAUUUUUCAUCGAAUUUUUUCAAUGUGACGAAAGCUGAACCUUUUGCAGACUUUUAAUGGCCAAUCUGGCGCUGAUGCUCCAACAAACUGCUUCGAAAUUUUUGAAUUCAGAGUUCGCGGAAGUCCUCCAUCGACCCAUGAGAGAUAUCAUGGCGUUUCCGGAGGAAAGUACUUACGCGGUGAGUGGUCUUAUCGGAUAAUUUCUGCGUAAAGCGUGUACGAUGGGUAAUCGACUUCGGUUCGAAAUUGAAGAACAAUGGCUAAAUUUACUUUGCAGAUAUUCAUCGCGUUGGCGAUACCGCUGGAUGAACCGUACAAAUCAGUGUCCAUAGCAGACUUUUUCGAAGCCACUUACAAUUUACCAGUGAACGUGAGCGACCCAUGGUUCGAUCCCGGCGAAGGAAGACGAAAGAGGCGCAGCUUGAACAGAGCGACGCUUUAUCAACUGGUGGAGAAGAAAUUUAUCAACUACGGAUAUCAGGGUCACGAAUGUCUGCUGAGGGCCAUUUGCGAAACUUCGGAACAUUCCUUGAGACAUAACGGCCUCAUCGGUGAUAUUCUGCACGUGAUCUUCACACCGACAAGCUCCCGACACGAGCCACUGCCGCAGGACAUUCUUCAAGCUGAAGUGGUCGGACGUAAUGGAAGCUGCUCGAACUACCAACCGCAAUGUCCCGUGGGACUCUUCGACUUGAUUGGAGUCUUUGGUUGAACUGUGAAAAACCACCGCCGCGUUCCAAUUCUUGUUGAACAGCUCGAUUUUAUGCCUGCACUGCCGGUCACCUUCCACGAUCUUUGUAUCGCGUGUACUCUCUUGAUCGACUAUUCUGCUAGCUGCUUGCAUUUCGAAGAGACGCGAAUAUUAAUGUAUCGUUUAACAUUUACUUUCCCCUUUCAUGGUAACUGCUGGCGAUUUCUAUGUCGACUAGAAAAAGCCUUGCACCGGUAUGUUUGCCCUCUCGAAUAGUACGUAUUCUCUCUCGAACAUUUCUUUUCAUUCCCCGUCAACAAAAACGCUUUAUUCCUUACGUUGAACUAUUUAAAGUGACAGUAAACAACGAUUCGAGCUCUCGUUUCCAGUGUCGGCAGGUAAAAGGAAAAUCUACAGCAACGAAAGGUGUUUAGGAAAAAAAAGUUGAAGCCGCGAUACGAAGUUCAGCAGGUUUUAUGCCGGAACUUCGUGAAACCGGCUGAAUUUUACACGCGCCAUAGAUGUAAAGUCCGGGAGAGUUUCGACGGUCACGAAAGUAAAGUCGGAUAUUUUACGCGUUGCAACUACUCGGAACUUGUAACAAGUUUCAUUAGAGAUUCAAAGGUGAGAGUGCUUAAGUGCACGUAAGCGAGAAUUCCCUCUCUCUUCCUUCGAUCUUCUCGCUGUGUAUCUACAUUGUAGAUAAUUUUGUCGCUCGAUUGCUUCGGCACACUUCGUAGCGCCAUUAAAAAUUAAAAAAGAAAUUUUCAACAAUCUUCUGGCAGGGUCGAAAGCGCGGGAGAUAUAUCCUGUAGGACGUUGAGUAAUCUUUUAAAAAGUCCUCUGUUCAGGAAGCCGUGCUAUAAAUCAAGUCCUUCGGAUUGCCGUGGAGAGAAUACAACCGGGAAACUUUAGCUGAGAAAAUCGGCUGACAAAUCCCAGCCGCACCAAAUCCUAAAAUGAAUAAACCAACAUCCGAAAAACAACUCUGUCCUAUUUCGUUCUCCUCGUAAACCCAAUCGGAUGUCUUACGCGAGCUGACCGUACGAUUUUUACAAAUAAAAACGAAUAAAUUACCCAGCAUUGUUCCUUGAUAUAAUCGUGUUUAAUAAUAAAUUUAAAAUUGAACAGAGUAGCGCAGGUCGGAAGAGUAUCGCGAAUUCUCGGUUCUAUUUUCUUGCAUAUACCUCGCGAAUUUCCACACGGUUGACGAUUUUCGAUUGGCAUGGCGAGCCAGCCAGGGUGAUUUUAAUCUGUGUGCAGGUGUGUCAUCGACGCGUGGAAAGUUCACGAGUCGAGUCCCGAUUAAUCAGCUCGUUGGCAUGCAGCAACUCCACAGCGAUUCAAGCUUGAUCGGCUAAUGAAUUUCGAAAUUGGCCUGUUAAUCGAUUUCCUUUACACGCCUCCCUCUAUGGUGUACAUUAUACAUAGUGAUCGAGGUGGACAAGACUCCGUGACGUGGUUCCAAUUUACCCUUCUUUCUCUUAUUCUUUGCUUUUGUUUCAGGCAGGAUCGUACCUGUCGAAUUUGGAAAUUAGGGAUUCGAAAAUUUGGAAGAUUUGGAAACGAUAUGUAAAGCGCCGCGUAAAGUUCGGAGUAAAUUCAAACGUUUACAGGUAGAGUUGUAUGAAGACUGUUAAGACGAUUCAAUAAGUUUCGAGAGCUUUCCGACUGGCGCCACGCUGUUUGAAUCGGCUCGGAACUUUCGCUCGCUACGACUCGAUUAAAGCUCGCGAAACCGAAUUCGAAGCGCGAGACUUGGCACAUUUUCUCGCCAGGCAUGAACGCUCGCUAAUAUUAUUCCGACAUCGCGAUUCGAAGCGCGC